AUGGCAAAAGGAGGCAAACUCACCAAGCUCAAGUCUAUGCUAAAGAAAAUGCAAUCUUUCAAGCUCAGCCGCGCCAAUGACACCUCCAUCAACAAUUUCUUAGAUGAUGAUGAAACCGCCGCCGGAAAAGAACUCCACCCCGUCUAUGUCGGCAAGUCACGGAGGCUCUAUCUCAUCACCGCCAACGUCAUGGACAAUCCGCUCUUCCGGGAGCUGGCGGAGCGGUCCGGAGCCACUGACGACUCGAUCACGGUCGGGUGUGAAGUUGUGCUUUUCGAGCAUUUGCUUUGGAUGCUGGAAAAUGCUGAUCCUCAGCCUGAAGCCUUAGACGAGCUUGUCGAGUUUUAUUCAUGUUAA